GGCUUACUCUAACUCAUUUCAGUUUGUGUAUGUUGCACUAAACUGUGAUUAAUCAGUCCAUAUGCUCUAUUAUCCCACUAUUUUAGGUAAAAAUGCUGUUCAAAGCAGCUUCCACAUACAAUUAAUAUAAAAACAUAUUUUGGAAUACAACUCCCCCAGUCCACCUCUCAUCAAACACCAUGCUGGCUGGCUGAGGAACACAGAAUCCUCUGGUCUUAUUCCACAUUAACCCACUCUUAGGGGUCGUUCCCACUUAAGUUUUACAUCGUGAUUAAAUACACCGAUAUCGAUAAAACCGGUGUAAAAUACCACACUGUUUACCCCGCGUUCCGAUUCGGGUUUUUUUUCCGUUCCCAUUUAUCCAUUUGAUCCGGUUUUAAUGUUCCCGAUUGUUCCCAUUUAAGAAAUAUAUCGCUAUAUAUAGAAGCCGAAUUUGCAUGUAAACCGGUUUUGUUGCUGUCAAUCAAUAUUUGUCAUUGAUGACAUAGUAUUAACCCAUGCUAACAUAACCCGAUGUAUGUUCUAUCUUCGUUCCCAUUUAUCCGACCGUUAUCAAAUUCUCUUUUUUUUUUUGGCGCUUUUUUUUUGAAUGGACCAAUAAGGUGGCACUUAAGCUGUGAAACGUCAUGAGCGCUUCUGCCUUUAAAAGCCCGCCCGCUGCAGUUCCCCCUCCCUCUUGUGCUAUUGCUUCCUUUAAUGCCUACAGCCAUGGACCCUCGAGGCGACCUACAACAUAUUUUUACUGUGAUUAGCAUGCUGAUACAUAACUUGAUGGAGCAAUGCACAAUAGUGAUGUAUCUUUUUGACAACGGUGAGCAUGACGCAGAAAUAAGUGCAUAUCUGGAAGAUCUUAAUGGCAUGCUUCGUUUCUACGCACAAACCUCCCAGUUGAGCAUGCAACCGAUGUGUAGAAGGUGGUGGAUAUACCCCAAAACUGAUGUUCACUGGAACGUUUAUGCCAGACUGUCUGGUCUGAUGCGAUGUGGAAACAGCACUUCAGAAUGCCAUACGCGAUUUUUAAUAUGCUUGUGAAGGAGCUGCAUCCUCAUCUUACCCGGAGAGACACAAGGCUGCGUAAGGCUGUCCUUGUAGAAAAGCAAAUAGCCAUGGCCAUCAUGUACCUGGCCCAUAAAGGCUCCUAUGCCACAGUUGCUACUUUUUUUGGAGUUGGCAAGUCAACAGCGUACAAGGCGAUAAUUCAAGUGUUCCUUUGCAUGGAGAUGGUUCUACUCCGUAGAGCUGUCUACCUUGGAGACUACAGACAGGUGGGACAUAACAGAAGGGAGGGGGUGUACAACAGAAGACUGUCAAAAGCGCAUUGUGUUGUGGAGAGGAGCUUCGGUCGAUUGAAAUCCAGAUUUUGCGCCCUCCAGUGUGGGCUCGAUCUCUCCGUGGAAAGCAUCCCAUCAGCGAUUCUAGCCUGUUGCAUUCUGCAUAACAUUAUUGAAACCAAUGGAGAGGUUCUAAAUGGACAGAACACCUCUCCGGAAACAUUUAUCAUUGACCCACGACGUUACCUCAGUGAUGAUGAGGAGAAGAGAUUGGGGGAGGAGAUAAGGGAUGCCUUUGUGGAGUAUUUUAAUUCAUAAAUUUAUCACGACCUAAUAAUUCUUUUAUUCUUAGCUGACUAUUACAGAAUAACAUGACUUCAAAAAAUGAAAUCAUUUAUGUUUUCAUGCGGAAUAUGUUUUAAUAAAAUGUUUUUCAAACA